AAACGUCGGCCAUGGCUCAAGCUGGAGCGAAAUCAAAGAGGUUUACUCUUUACUAUUUUCCGACGUCGUUUUCAUCUCAAAAGGUGUUGCUGGGAUUCUAUGAAAAGGAGGUUGCUUUUAAGCCCAAACUGGUCAGUCUGUUUUCUGGUCAACACAAUGCACCCUGGUACGUGAAGCUGAAUCCCGAGGGAGCCCAUAUUCCAGUCCUGAAGGAUGGGGAAACUAUCAUCACAGAACCGGACAAAAUCAUAGACUAUAUCGACAGCAACUCAGAAUCCUCAGUGCCAAAACUAAUUCCAGACCAGGAGUCAGAGCUUGGAAAGAAAGUAGCAGAGUUACGGAAACGUUUGCAAAUGGUAGAAGUGGACAUAAUUACAUAUGGAAUAAUUUACCAUCCACACUUGUCACCUGUUGGAUGUCGAAUUCAGGGGGCAGUCAUGAGGAGUAUGAGGGAAAAUUUUGCCAACCGUCUGGCUGUACUGACAGACUUAGCUGCUAAACACCCAGCUCUUAGAGACAGCUACCUGAUGAAGAGUCAGACAGCGGCCCAGAAGUUUGAUGUCAUUACAGAUGCUGCACAGGUACAGCGCCACCUGGAGGAGUUACAGAUCACCAUGGAUACAGUGGAACAACAACUGAAAAGUAUCAAGGAAGGGAGUCCUGACAUUGCUGAUGACCUGUGGCUGUUUGGGCCGAUGUACACUGUAGCAGAUAUCAGUCUGACAGUACUGUUGAGUAGACUUGCUCUCUUGGGCCUCGACAAAACCUACUUCUCCCAGGAAAACAACCCAUACACACACAACUACUACAACCAGGUGAAGAAACGACCCACCUACCUGAUGAUACAAAAGGAAAUCUCAAAUCUAAGAAUGACAUUACUAUGGGAAAAUUUGAAGACAGCCUCUCCAUACCUUGCAGGUUUAGUUGGUGUAGGAAUUGUAGGGACAAUAGGAUACUUUGUUUAUAAAAAGUGGAAUGAAUAGGACUCUUUAUUUGGUUAAUUUAUUAUUUUUAGGAUUAUAGAAAUAGUGUUGUGAAUGUUUAACUCAUUCACCCUUGAAGACACAGUUGAACUCCUCCAAUUCUUAGGUUGGAAUAGUUCAUCAUGAAAUUUCAGUGGGUGAAUGAGUUAAAAAAUGAAAUCUGUAAUGUUUUCUAGAUGCUGCAGAAGUAAGGAAAACAUAUUCUACAGUGUAUUGUUUUGCUGUAUAGUUUACUUUUGUGUAAUUAUGGAUGAUAAUUGUACAGCUGAACUAAUUCUACCUGGUUUACAUGGCAUCCACAGAGUUAUUUACAUCUACAGGGGUGAGAGGGUGGUAUAGAGUUAUGUACAUCUACAGGGGUGAGAAGAUGGUACAGAGUUAUGUACAUCUACAGGGGUGAGAGGGUGGUACAGCGUUAUGUACAUCUACAGGGGUGAGAGGAUGGUACAGAGUUAUCAACCUCUACAGGGGUGAGAGGGUGGUACAGAGUUACGUACAUCUACAGGGGUGAGAGGGUGGUAUAGAGUUAUGUACAUCUACAGGGGUGAGAGGGUGGUAUAGAGUUAUGUACAUCUACAGGGGUGAGAGGGUGGUAUAGAGUUAUGUACAUCUACCGGGGUGAGAGGGUGGUACAGAGUUACGUACAUCUACAGGGGUGAGAGGGUGGUAUAGAGUUAUGUACAUCUACCGGGGUGAGAGGGUGGUACAGAGUUACGUACAUCUACAGGGGUGAGAGGGUGGUAUAGAGUUAUGUACAUCUACAGGGGUGAGAGGAUGGUACAGAGGUAUGUACAUAUACAGGGGUGAGAGGAUGGUACAGAGGUAUGUACAUCUACAGGGGUGAGAGGGUGGUAUAGAGUUAUGUACAUCUACAGGGGUGAGAAGAUCGUACAGAGUUAUGUACAUCUACAGGGGCGAGAGGGUGGUACAGAGUUAUGUACGUCUACAAGGGUGAGAGAGUGGUACAGAGGUAUGUACAUCUACAGGGGUGAGAGGGUGGUACAGAGUUACGUACAUCUACAGGGGUGAGAGGGUGGUAUAGAGUUAUGUACAUCUACCGGGGUGAGAGGGUGGUACAGAGUUAUGUACGUCUACAAGGGUGAGAGAGUGGUACAGAGGUAUGUACAUCUACAGGGGUGAGAGGCUGGCACAGAGUUAUGUACAUCUACAGGGGCGAGAGGGUGGUACAGAGUUAUGUACAUCUACAGGGGUGAGAGGGUAAUCAUUCUAAUAUUCUGUAGGUAGAUAAGUUUUGAACUGAUCUACAUGGACUGUUGUGAUGGUUGUGUGUGUUCUUUAGUUUAUAUAAGUUAUGACCUUAAAAGGUGUUUCUGUAUUUGUAGGUAGUGAUCAAUUCUGUGUAUGCACUCAUUCCAUCACUUAUUUAUGUGCCAUCAUAAGCCAGAGAUUUUAAAAUUCAAAUAAAUUAUUGGAAAACAAUGCAUAAUUCUAAUUCCAAUAACUUGAGAGAAUUUUAAAAGAAGUAGUUUUUCUGUAUAUUUAAUAUUUUUGAAGUUGAGACAUGAUAUGGACUAAAAGAGGUGUGCAUAUCCAAAUAAAUGUACUAAAGUUACCAAAGCUAGCUAGUUACAUAAAUACAUUAUUUGAAUUACAGGUAUCGACAACGUUUUAAGUUUGAACAUAUUUAAACCUAAGAAGCAUUUUAAUCAUACAAUUUGAUUGAAAAAUGUCAAUAUGUUUUGACGGGUAGAUGCAUGCAUUAAGUUUUACAUUCAUGUAUUUUUUACCACCUCAAAGUAUGCAAGAUAUAAUCUGUCCCAUGUGGGACACGCAUGGAAGAUUAAUAAAAUCUGUCAACCCCUACGAGGUAAGAUAGGGAAAUCUCAAUCCAAGGGGCAAGUUUCUGAAUUUCCCAAACAGGAGGUUUGCCUAGUGUUUUUCAUUUUAAGUCUUUCUCCGAGGGUUGAGAUUCCCCAUCUCACUUCAAAUGAGUGAAUGAUUCUUUUUCUCUUAUUCUGUUGACCUAGUCAUAUACAUAAUGCAAUGUUGAUGUGAAAGGCUCAAUACUCAAUUCUUUGUUGACAUUAAUGCAUUGUUUACGUGACAUCAUUAAAUUGUUGACAUGUCAUUAGUUGACAUGGGAAUCCCCCCUCUCGGUUUUUUUCAACCCUAGGGUGAGACGGGAUAUCUCACACUGGGAAAAAUGUGGAUAGGCCUAUCCAGGUUAAGAGCAAACUAUAUCCCAAUUAGGUGAACCCAGUGAAAUCUAACUUAGCUACAAGGAAGAAGAGUUCUACUUUUUCACAUUUAUUCUGAACUUUCACGAAAAACAUUUCGGCUGCACCCAAGGAAUUUCAUCCCCUGACCUCUUUCUCAUGAAGCAGGGAGCUAAUCCUACACACUACUGGACAUGGUACAUCACUGAAAAUACUGACACAAUGUUCUACCUCCCUAAUACGGUCUAUAAUUGUCUUUGUAUAAAUACAGAGGAAAUAACUUAAAUGUAACGGGAAAGUAAUUUUUCAAUCCUGAAUGCAGUAGAAAAGUGAUGGCACUUCGGUACAUCUUCCAUAUAGAUGUACAUGAACCACAUUGUCUGCUCCAAAUAUGUCUGUGGUUAAUUUGUAUGUUUAAUAUCUAGAAAAUCUGCAUGUUCUUUCUGCCAUUAGGUAAUUGUUGUGUUAGCAAUAUCAGUGUCAAGAAUCACGUUUAUAAAGUCAUAGAAUGUAGGUGGGAGAAAAAAGAAUCAAUUGUUAUGUUUCUGUAGGUACGUUUUUUGUAUGAGAGAUAUUAACAUCAGUACCUACAGUUAGAAUGUGACUAUACCCCAUACCUAUACAUGAUAAAAUUUGUUAAUAUUUACACUUUUAUAUUAUUUGGUCCUUGUAGUUUAUCCGGGUAUAUUGUGUACCAGUUACAUCUACAGAGAUUUAGAUAUUGGCUUACGACCUUAACUCAUUCAGCCCUGAAACUUCAUAAUGAACUUUUCCAUCCUUCGAAUUUGAAGAGUUCAAAUGUGUCUUCUGGUGUGAAUGAGUUAAAUGAUGAUUUAUGAUGUCAUGUUUUGGUCAAUAGAACAGUACAAAUGUACCACUCAAGCUAUACUCGUGUACAUUUUUUUUUUUUAACAGAAUUAACUUUUAUGUGUAUCAUUUGUUAUGAACAAAAGUUCAGAAAAAGUCAUAACUAUUAGUAUACCAACACCUAGGAGCUUCCAUUUAAGUCAUCACUUGUUGGAUAUCCUCUGUGUACAAGAUAUAAAAUUUCAUAGCAGCAGAAUUUUGACGUAAUAACAACCAUUUAUUUGGUAAUCUCUGCUGUUCAUUGUAUCUGCUAACCUUUGUCUCAGAGGAUGGUUCAUUGUAUGCUCAAAAGUCAUGGAAGUCUGUGUGUUGGUUCUAUAAUGCAACUUAGAUUUGUUUGCCACCUUAAUCGUAACACACAAAGGAGCAGAUUACAAGGUAGACAAAUUGAUCAAUCAAAAUAGGAUGCAUUCUUCGUAUUUAAGACCAAUUUUCGAAAUUGAAAUAUUUAUAGUCAAUAACCAAGAUCUGUGUAAACAAGAAAAGAUAGAUGUUUUACAUUUACGGGGAGGUAAGCCAUACUUGUCUACCAUGUGUUGACAUUCCUUAAACUGGAGUUACACUUCCUGUCCUGUUUGUAUACCAGAUGUAUACUGAGGUGUUGUACAG